AUGUCAAAAAGCCCCAAUCCUUAUGGAACACCCGAAUUGACUGGACUACCCCAAAAUCGAUCCAGCACAAAAAUCGCCGCACUUCUUGCUCUUUUUGCACUCAUUCAACCGAUUCAUGGAAUUGUGACUAUGAAAGUAGUCUUGGGCGGUCCGAAUGAUAGUUGUGCAAAAUAUACGAAAAAAGGACAUGAGUUUUUGAAAAUCACUCAUGGUCGUAUUAUGCAGCAAACUGGUGGAGUUAUCGUUGGAAAUAUGCUGUGCACACCGAAAACGUUCGAUGAAGCAAAACUUACGUAUACGAUGGUUUGUGAUGGUGUUUCAAUUCCUGGCAUGGGAUACUUGUUUAUGCUCGCGGUGACAGCACGCAAACAAAUGCUCUCAGGACCAAUCGAUUAUCAUUACAAUGAGAAAAUGAUGGGAUUGGUGGAGAAUAAAUUCUUGGAUGCCGAGAAUUUGAAAAAUCAACAAUUCGAUCAUGAGCAACAUUUAUUCAUUAAAGCGGUCGAAAUUGAAGGAAUCCGGAAGUCUGAAUAUUUUCUAUACGAGGACUGCGGAUCGGUCAAAAUGCGAGGACUGAUUGCUGAUCACGGAUUGUAUUUUAUGCUUGGACCAGACGACAAAAAAAACGAACCAAAAAAUCAUUUGUCUAGAAUGUAUUAUGAGCCAUAUGGUAUUAACGAGCACAUGGUCAUGAACUAA